GUGAAACAUUCCUCGAUGUUCUCAGGAGGUUGAGUACCUUUGAACAGGAACCCCGUAACAUGAAGUGUACUAUCAUGUAAGGCAGAGAUCACGGCAAAGGAUUUGAGCUGGACGUCUGCAAGGAGCUUAAAUGUGAAUGGUAGAAACUAGCCGAAGAUGCAGGGGGCCAUCGCACGAGUCUGUAUGGUGGUGGCGGCUGCCAUAUUAAACCAUCCCUUGCUCUUUCCUCAAGAGAACACCACACUUCCAGAACAGGAUGAGGAGCUGAUAGCUCGAAUGCGUGAACAUGAAGAGAGGCUGGAAAUGGAGCAGGCCAAGCUGGAGAAGGAGCUUUCACAGCUCGACUCGAAGCAAGAAGAAACCAGGUCAGAAGAAGGUUAUGGUUGGUACUUCUGGAGCGCUCUGUCCUUCGUCAUAUUCUUUACUAUUGAGAUGUGCAGGGCGGACUCUGCUGACACAGAAAUACGGCCAGUCGACGAAGAAGAUGUGUUUUCAGAGAGUGAAUCCGUCAGCCCAAGCACAAUGGUACUAGACAAGGAUAUCCUGAGCAACUUCUGUGACAGAUCCACCUACACUUCAGCCCAUGAAAACUGGAGGAUCAGGGAGUUUGUUGAAGGUUUUGCUGAUGACUUGCUGGAAUCACUCAGGAGCGUUUGUGACAGGGAGGCUGACAUGGAAGUUGGGGACUUUGUCGGGAUUGGAAGCAUGUUUGAGUCUUGGAAGGUGUGCAAGCCUCUGAUGUGCGACCUCAUAGUGCCUUUCUCACCUCCGGACCCAUUCUCCUUCCAAUUCAAUCUGUGGUGCAGUCCGUCCAGUGACAUUCCUCCAGACAUGCAGGGCUCUGGCAUGAUAAAGGUGACCAGGUUUGGGGAGAAUGAAGGUGGCUGUCUCUGUGGCUCUGCUAACCUUGGAGAGGACAUGCUUUGUCUUUUGCAUAGUAGAAAUGAUGCACUCAUAGUUGACCGCACUCCUGAUGAACUGCUGUGCUCCAAGAACACACCUUACUUAGCCAAAGAUCAAGUCAUGAAGUGGUUUCAGAUCUCUGUGACCAAAGCGUGGGGACGCAUUUCUCACAAAUAUGACUUCGAGGUCACUUUUCGCAACCUGGAUGCUGCCGGUGCUUUGAAGAUCAGAUUCCGUUCAGGGAAAGUCAUUGUGAUGAACAUCAUACCCGUUGUUCAGCUUGAAGAUACAGAUGCUUAUUUUGUCUCACACUUUCCAUCAGAUUGUGACAGCUCUCCAGACCCAUACUGGCCCCUCUCUUUUGCUGUCUAUGAAAGGAAUUUGCUUAAACAUUUUACUAAACGCCUACCACAAAAUUCCUGUCAUUUGCACUGCCUUCAGAUUGUUUCUUUCCUGCACAGAAAGCAGACAGGGCUCACAGGAAAAAGUGCUCUGACUAACUACCACUUCAAGACUGCUUUGUUGCACUUGUUGCUGAGUAAAAGGCCCUCAUUGUGGGGCAUUGACAAUGUUGAGCACAGGCUUCGGGAUGUGCUCAACUUCAUACAGAGGAGCCUGCAGGAGAAGAGACUGCAUCACAUUCUGAUUGGGAACAGGAAAGUGCCUGAUGUGCUCCAGGUUCCUGAGAUUGUCUGCAAAGCAAUGCCCAUCAACCUGUUCAGGUCACUGGUGUUGCAAAGGGAACUUUAUGCAGCAACAGCCAGACACUUCCAGGAGAUGUUGAGGAAUUCAACUGUGCUCCUACAAGAGUACACAUCCCUCUUAUCAAAUGGAGGUGUACACCACAGUCUAGAUGAAAGUGUAUAAGCAUUGGCCACAUUUACUUAUUUAUAGCACU